AUGCGUUUUGGAUCACGAAACCCCCGGCAAACUGGCGAUGGACUCGCUUCGAUAUCUCAGAGUCGCAACGCCAUGCAGCUUCCCAUGCUUCAUCUCCCCGAUUCCACCCGCAACAAUGCCGUAGCCACUUUGGGGGAGUUCGUCGGGACAUUCCUGUUUCUUUUUUGGUCCUUUGCAGGAACCCAGAUCUCCAACACUCCAAAGCCGCCUGAUGGAGCAAAUCCUAAUACGUCAAACUUGCUGUUUGCGUCUCUGGCCUUUGGCUUUUCGUUGACUGUGAAUGUGUGGGCCUUCUUUCGGAUUACGGGGGGACUCUUUAACCCUUCGGUGACAAUGGCACUGUUUCUGGUUGGCGGUCUUCCCGCGAUACGCAGUGUCCUCGUCAUCAUCGCCCAGAUCCUGGGCGGUAUAUGCGCGGCAGCUGUAGUAUCAGCUUUGUUCCCAGGAGACCUCAACGUCGAGACUACUCUUGGUGGUGGUGCAAACGUAGCCCAGGGGCUUUUCAUUGAGAUGUUCCUCACCUCCCAGCUAGUCUUCGUUGUCAUCAUGCUCGCUGUUGUCAAGCACAAGUCUACAUUCCUAGCUCCCGUUGGCAUUGGGCUUACGUUCUUCCUCACCGAGCUCUGCGGUAUCUACUACACUGGUGGCUCACUCAACUUCGCCCGCUCCCUCGGUCCCGCCAUCGUGAACCGUCAUUUCCCACACUAUUUUUGGAUCUACUUUCUAGGCCCGGUCCUUGGCUCAGGCCUCGCAUCUUGCUUCUACGCCCUUUUAAAUACGAUGCGGUAUCAGACUUGUAAUCCCGGCCAAGACGGCGAUGGCUCCGAGACAGCGACCCUUAUUCCUUCUAACAGCGUGUCGAAUCAUAAUACUGAAACUGGUGGUGCUGGCACGGCGGCAUAUAACGGAGCCCCGAAGCAUCGACGAAAUGAGUCUGAGGCUACGGCCGUGAGUCCUUCGAACGACUAUGGGAGUCGCUUGAGCGAGGAACCGCAAAGGAGUACUCACCAUGACAAUCAUGUUACGCCGGUAGUGCCGACUACGCCGCAAGGACCCCUGGGUUCAGUUUACGACAAGCAGGAGAGGGUAUAA